GUGACCAAAGCUAACGUGUUUAAUCUCGUGUAAUCUCGUUAUUAAAAGUUUCUACACAAAAACUUUUUCAUCGCGAGUUAUGCUUAACAUCUGCGUGGUACGCAUCUAUGCAAAUUAUGUGGCUAUUUAAAUCAGGAAGAAUGGACAAUGCACCGAACAUUCCUGUGCAUAAUAACGGUCCGGCUACAGUUUCAUCUGCUGAAGAGAUCUCAUCGUGUGUUCAAGUUAACAUUUAUAAUGACGAUCAUCGAAAAGCAGGCUUUAGUGCCUGGUUGCGGCGCCUUCCUGGAUUCCGACGUAGUCGUCGCACCAAGAUAUCAGAUCCUGGAGGUGAACUUCAGAUCAUGCUGCCCAAUACAGAUCGGAUGGCUUCAGGUGACGUGUGCCUUCUUACAGAGAGUCCAUACAGAAUAUUGCGGGCUGCUGAAAGUGGCAACGUUGACGAGUUUAUGCGACUGUACAUCAAUGACCCGGCACGCCUCACAGUGAGAGACAGUAGAGGUCGUACUGCAGGACAUCAAGCUGCCUCCAGAGACAAUACCAAUAUAUUGCGAUUUAUCAGAAAAUACGCGGGAGAUUUAAAUGCACGAGAUAAUGCUGGAAAUACCCCUCUUCAUGUUGCGAUCGAAAGCGAAGCGCUGCAAGCCAUUGAAUAUCUUCUCCAACAGCAUGUUGAAACUGGGAUUUUGAAUGAAAAGUACCAAGCACCAAUCCAUUUAGCUACAGAGAUAAAUAAGGUAUCCGUGCUGGAGAUUUUUGCUAAAUAUAAAUCUCAGUUUGACGUAAAUCUUGGAGGUCAACAUGGAAGAACAGCUCUUCACAUCGCUGCAAUUUACGAUUACGAUCAGUGCGCCCGCGUUUUGAUGGCUGAACUGGAUGCCGAAUGUAAACAUCCAUGCAAUAAUGGAUAUUAUCCCAUACAUGAAGCUGCAAAGAACGCUUCAUCCAAAACUAUGGAAGUUUUCCUUCAAUUCAGUGAAUCUAAAGGAUGUCCUCGUGAGCAAAUGAUAUCUCUGUACGAUAAUGAGGGCAAUGUUCCUCUGCAUUCUGCGGUUCACAGUGGAGACAUAAAGGCUGUUGAGCUUUGCUUAAAAUCGGGUGCAAAAAUUUCCACGCAACAGCAUGAUUUUUCCACUCCAGUCCACCUUGCCUGUGCUCAGGGAGGACUCGAAAUGGUAAAACUAAUGUUUACUAUGCAGCCAAACGAAAAGGAGUCAUGUCUAACAUCCUGUGAUGUGCAAAAAAUGACACCAAUUCAUUGCGCAGCUAUGUUCGAUCAUCGUGAAAUUGUAAAAUAUUUAGUGGAAGAGGGAUCUGACAUCAAUCCUUUAGAUAAGGAACGUCGAUCUCCGUUACUACUAGCUGCAUCGCGAGGUGCUUGGAGAACCCUGUAUACCUUGAUACAACUGGGUGCAGACGUUGAACUGAAGGAUAUCAACACAAGGAAUGUGCUGCACUUAGUUGUAAUGAACGGAGGUCGUCUUGAGGAGUUUGCUGAACAGUGCAAAGAUCACUGUGAAAAAAGUUUGGCUACUUUAUUGAAUGAGAAGGAUAAUACAGGAUGUUCACCACUCCAUUACGCAAGCAGGGAAGGACAUAUCCGAUCAUUGAAAAAUCUUAUUCGAUUUGGAGCCUGUAUCAACCCUAAGAACGAAAAAAGUGAAAGCCCAUUACAUUUCGCAGCGAGAUACGGUCGCUACCAAACAGCGUGUCAGCUUCUGGACUCGGAAAAGGGCACCUUUAUUAUUAACGAAAGCGAUGGGGACGGCUUGACACCGCUUCACAUAGCAUCGCGGGAAGGCCAUACGAGAGUAGUUCAGCUACUUUUAAACAGAGGUGCGCUGUUGCACCGCGAUCACAAUGGACGCAAUCCGCUCCAUCUAGCGGCAAUGGGCGGUUACACGCAAACAAUUGGACUCCUACAUUCUGUACACUCACAUAUGUUGGACCAGUUAGAUAAAGAUCUCAAUUCACCUUUACAUCUAGCCACUAUGGAGAAUAGACCUAACUCUAUCGCACUACUGCUUUCAAUGGGAUGUCGUCUUAGUUAUAAUGCGUUGGACAUGAGUGCUAUUGACUAUGCGAUUUACUAUAAAUUUCCAGAUGCUGCACUUGCUAUGGUGACGCAUGAGGAAAGAGCCCACGAAGUAAUGGCUUUACGUUCAGAUCGCCAUCCUUGUGUUACACUUGCUCUAAUUGCAUACAUGCCCAAAGUAUUUGAAGCUGUUCAGGAUAAAUGUAUCAUAAAAGCUAAUUGCAAAAAGGAUUCUAAGAAGUUCUUUAUCAAGUACUCCUUCGAAACUCUAAACCCUAAAAUUCAGUAUGAUGAUCAGAAUAAGAAUCAAGACAGCUUUAUAAAUUCACCUCUACCCGCACUGAACGCUAUGGUUGCUCAUGGUCGGGUAGAGCUUCUAGCUCAUCCACUCAGCCAGAAGUACCUUGAGAUGAAAUGGAAUUCAUAUGGAAAAUACUUCCAUUUGGCAAAUCUUCUAUUCUACUGCAUUUUUCUGGCCUUUGUUACUACGUACGGCUAUCUACUUAUGAAAAAUGUACCUAAACCAAAAAAAGAGACUGACGUACUCAAUGAUACAGCCCAAUUGGAUAACAUUAUUACGCAGAAUAAAAAUAUCACAACCCUUGGAUCAAAUUUUGAAAUGGUCUCAUUGUAUACCAGUAUGGUGGGUAUUAUAUCAUAUAACGGCAUAUGUUUUAUUGGCGAACUGUAUAAUAUGAAACAACAAAAAUGGCAUUACCUAAUUGACCCUUCAAAUUUUGUUUCCUGGAUUCUCUACGUAAGUUCGACGUUGAUGGUGUGCCCGUCUAUUGCGAAUGAUCAAGACUUACAAUUCUCAGCGGCUGCAAUCACCAUGUUCCUGUCUUGGUUUGAACUGCUGCUGUUACUUCAAAGAUUUGACCAGAUUGGAAUCUACGUCGUGAUGUUUCUGGAAAUACUGCAAACGCUAAUCAAAGUCUUGAUGGUCUUCUCAAUCCUCAUUAUAGCGUUUGGUUUAUCCUUCUACGUCUUGCUGUCAAAAGGCCAUCAUCUUUCCUUCACUAGCAUUCCUAUGUCAUUGAUGAGGACUUUUGCGAUGAUGCUCGGAGAAAUCGAUUUCGUUGGCACCUACAUUCAUCCAUACUACAAAUCUGAAGCAGAUGUAUUUCUGCCAUUUCCCUUGAUGACAUUCAACAUGCUCGGAUUAUUCAUGGUGUUCAUGCCGAUACUUCUAAUGAACCUCCUGAUUGGUCUAGCUGUUGGAGACAUUGAAAGCGUUCGUCGCAAUGCUCAACUCAAACGUUUGGCUAUGCAGGUCGUACUCCACACAGAACUUGAGAGAACAUUACCUGCUUUUAUACUGGAGAAAGUUGACAAGACCGAAAUCAUAGAGUUUCCAAAUAACAAGAAAUGCAAACUGGGUUUCUUAGAUAAUGUUCUGCGCAAAUGGUUUUGCAAUCCAUUCUCUGAAGAAUCUGGUGUUGAUUUGGUAUUGGAAAGUAGUGAAGAUUACAUAUCCAUACAGCUUGAGAAACAGAAGCGACGUCUUCGUGACAUAAAUCAUCUAUUGGAUCAACAACAAACACUUCUUAGACUUAUCGUACAGAAAAUGGAAAUCAAGACCGAAGCUGAUGACGUAGAUGAGGGAAUAAUAGCAGGAGAGAUUCACAAUACACAUAACUGGAGUUCACCACGAAUUCGAAAGAAACUGCAGUCAAGGCUUUCUUUCAAUAAAGUUGGCUAAAAGUCUUAUUUUGAGUUCGUAAGCUUUCUAGAUUCAACCACUGCCAGUCCUCUUCCGUUUAUUUAUAUAGACUUUUAAUCAUAGAUUGAUGUACCUAAUUUAGGUGUAGUGUUAUGAAU